GGAAAGGAGGAGUUAGUCACAUGACUGACAUGGAAGUGGUGAGCAUUCAUGUAUAAAUCUGUUUGAACGACUUUAAUCUGUGUUUAAGAUAGCAGGGAGAGUACACGAGCUUUCUUGAGGAGCAGUGAGUAAGAAAUGGCGUCUUCUGCUUAUAUGAAGAUGAGUGAUACAGUGAGUUUGUUUGGAGGCAGAGUUCCUGCUGAAGUAGAGCUGCUGUCUAAACACAUGAAGGAUCUGGACAGAGACACAUUCACACAGUUACUCACAGCUGUGGUGAAUGCUGUUGCUGGUCAGGAAUGCAGUGAUUCUAUGAGAGUGAUUUCAGAGAGUGGUUUAAUCUCAGAGGAAAACUUUAAUCAUGUGGUUGCUGGACUGUAUGCUCUUCUGAAAGAAGCUCUGCGUCUGUCUGCAUCUUCUUUAAAACAAGAGGUUUUCAGUGAAGAUCUCAGAGCGCUUCGGAUUUCUGAGGAAUUCAUUGCAGAUGUGUCCAGUGUAGUUUUUGGAAAUGGGCAAACCUCACUGAAAGUUAGUGCCACACAGGGACCAAGCCUGCCCAAGAUAGAGGAGUUCAAAUGGAGAGUUGAUGUAGCCAUUUCAACCAGUUCGCUGUCUCGAGCUCUGCAGCCUUCUAUUCUCAUGCAGAUGAAACUGUCUGAUGGACGUUUGCAUCAAUUUGAGGUUCCAGUUGCCAAGUUCCAGGAGCUUCGAUACAAUGUGUCUCUCAUUUUAAAGGAAAUGAAUGAUUUGGAGAAGAGAAGUAUUCUUAAAAUUAAAGACUGAUACACAGUCUUGUGCCCUGUGUAUCGUUUUAUUUGGGCUGUCAAUCGAUUUAAUUUUUUAAUCAAAUCAAUUACAUGAUGUGCAAAUUAUUUAAUUAAAAUAAACACAUAUCAAUAUUUACUGAGAAAGGCACCCCAAUAAAGAUAAUUAGUAUAUAAUAAUGUAAAUAAUUAUAAAUAUAUAUAUAUUAUUAUGCAAAUAAUUCAAAUAAAGUGCAUGAAAUACAUACAGUAUACUGCUGAGGCAGACAAGUAAAGCAUUUAGACUAGAGAUGCAUCGCUACCACUCGGUAGUAUUUGUUUCGGGCUGAUACGGGGGGGUAAAUACAGGGGCACAAUGACCCAUUUUUGAGGUUGUAUGCGAUACCUACAUUUACACCCCACUGUCUGUCACUUUUACUUAGCACUACAACAACACAGGACAAAGCAAUCGGAAUGAACGUUGAACGCUGUCAGUCAGCAUUGCCCAUUCUGUGAGUGCAUAAAACAAUAUGCAUAAAAUUAUGCAGUUAAAGCAUGAAUAAUGUUUCAUGUGUUAGCUGGGUUACUUGUAAAGGUAAGCUACUCCUUGGCAAAAUGUUCCUGAAUUUUAAUUUUUCAUUUCAUUACCUUUUUUUUUUUUUUUUUUUUUGCUUUAUCAUAAUAUCAAAUGUACAUACACAAAUAGAAUGGUAUACAUAUAGAAACACAAAACGUCUCGUAUCUGUACACUGUAUCAGCCAAAACUUAAGACUAGGUACUUGUAUCGGUCUUCAAAUAUUGGUAUCGGUGUAUCUCUAAUUUAGACAAUUCAAAAAGUGGCUUAAAAGUCAAAAUAUUGUUUUAUUUCCAUUUCAUUAACAUAACCCUAUGAUUGGCCUAAUUCCUUCUGCGCUAUUAUUAAUUGUUGGUCUGUGUACUAAUGCAUCAGAUGGAUGAUUUUGGAUCGUCUCACUUUGGUUGCGUUGCAUCUCAGUGGUUUUUAGCAUCUCUAGUCAUAAGUGCAGUGUUUUUAGGACAGUGAGUACAUUUACAUGGGCAGUUAUAAUUGAACUAUAAUUAUAAUUAUUAUAAUAAAAAAGUUAUAAAUUUCCAGUUUACCUUUGUGGCGCAUUAGAGAAAUCAGCUACAGCGGGACCCACACAACAGGCACAACAUAGACAACUUUACAGCCACGUGCAUUUUAGGGGUGUAAUGGUUCAAAUUUCUCAUUGUUCAGUUUGUAUCACUGUUUUAGGGUCAAAGUAUCGGUACGGUUCGGUAUUUGUUAUGUUCAGAAAAAAAUCUUACUGCCAAAUCCAAAGUAAGAAUACUCUAUUUGGUAAACACUUCAACAGGUUUGCCCUGACUAAAAAUCACCAUGGCUUUACUACAGUAACCAUAGUUUGACCAUUGUAUUUGUAGUAAAAUCAUAGAAACCACAAAAUCAACAUGGUUACUGUCAUGGUUGUAAUAUGGAAACUACAGUAUUGCUGUUGUAAAACCAUUGUUAAUUGUAUCAAAACCAUGAUUUCUGCUAAGAAUACCAUGGAGACAGCAGUCAUGGUUUCUACAGUAUUAGUUAAACCAUGGUUAAUUUUUGUUAGGGUCCUUAACUAAAUAAACUUUUUCUCUAAUUGCUACAUCAACAUUAACGUGAUACCUGCAUUAUUAUGCGACAUGCAUCAACAUGCAUGCAAGUGCAUUUCAGACUCAAUCCAACAUAUGUUCAACAUUCGAAAGCUGUACGUCACUAUAGAAGGAACAUUGCUGUUAAAACGGAUACGAGAAGGGAUGUUGUAACACAGCGCGGGUGUUUUAAUCAUACGCUGAAAUUCCAAAUCUUCAUCAAUGGAGUAGGGCAACAUAACUUUGGCAAUGAACACCCCAAGCGCUUUAGUUAUGGUUUCAUGUCUGUCAGAAUUAGUGUCUGCUUAAAAACGGAAUGUAGUGUGUGCUGUUUCGGGCAAUCUUUCCCUGGGUGAUGUUCGCGUAUGUCAAGCGAUGUCUGCAAACAUUGAUUGUUUUGUAAAAGUUUUUUGACCAUCACUGUUGUAAUUGAGUGCAAAAAUCAAAUGUUCGCAGACAGGAGACUUGAAUAACGCACAGGACUUCUUGAUCAGCAGCUUGUUCCCUUCAAAAAUCAUAUGUGUUAUGUAUGAAAAGACCCUGGAAAAAGUGAGAGGAGUUAAUGUCUGUCACUUUUACUUAGCCCAACAACAACACAGGACAAAGCAAUCGGAAUGAAUGUUGAACACUGUCAGUCACAACACAACAAACCCAGAACAAUUAGCAUCGCCCACUCUGUGAGUACACAAAACAAUAUGCAUAAAAUUAUGCAGUUAAAGCAUGAAUAAUGUGUCAUAUGUGUUAGCUGGGUUACUUGUAAAGGUUAGCUACUCCAUGGCAAAAUGUUACUGAAUUUUAAUUUUUAAUUACUGAAAACACUUUUUUUUGCUUUUCUUUCUUUUUUUUUCUUUUUUUUUUUUUUUUUGCUUUAUCAUUAUAUCAAAUGUACAUACACAAAUAGAAUGGCAUACAUAUAAAAACAGAAAACUUCUGGUAUCUGUACUCUUGUACAAGGGAACAAGAUAGCUUGUUCCCUUUCAAAGGAACUUCUACAUUGCGUAAUGACGCAACUGGGACACUGGAAUCCUCCUGGUGUUUGUUGCCCUCCCCCUGAGCGAAAGCGUAAGUCUCGUUGGACAUUCUCUGAGGCCUAGCUCGGCACUCAUUUUCUGAUGAACAAUGCAUGCGAGAUAACCACGCACAUCGUGAGCCACCGCCAUUAAGAAACGCUGUAUGAAAGGAUUCGUCAUAGGACGGCAAGAAAACAAAAUGUCUUUGUUGUCUUUUUCUGUGUCGUUCUGGGAGAAUGGCAUGCAUAACAGAAUUCGAGUGCAACAAGCAUAAGUUUACACAUAACACUGUCAUAACCACACAGACUGUCCCCCCAUAAUAAUGCUGCUGCCUUUGUGGCAAAUCUGCUUGCUCCCAAUUUUCCCCAAGUUCACACAUUCUUAAUGCUAGGGAAGAUGGUUUAUGUGAGCGUCCCUGAUGUAAAUACAUUCGGAGUGACCCUUUUUUAUACUUACCUGGUCGAAUUCAGCCUCUGACCAGUUGACCAACGGUCUCAGGACAGGCAUAACAGAAUUCGAUAUAAUUCGAUUCACACGCUCUUCCCCGUUUAGAUGCCAGGGAAGAGACCUUUUUUCUGUGAGUGUCCUUGCUGUGCACAUUUCGGGGCCCAUUAAGGCGAAAACAUUAUAACCUUUUCCAAUCGGCUACAGUAGCAGAGGUACAAAAGCUCCCCUCCAAUGUGUCUCUGAUUGCAGGGUAGCCGCCAAAAGUAAGCCAAGAGCGUCAUCUAGUGGCUACACGUUGCGCCACGAGAGAAUUGUGCAUUAAUUCCUCUGCCCGUCUAACAGCUUGGCAGCAAUUAAUAAAUGUACUGAAUUGGGUAUUUCGAACUUAUGGUUAUGUCAUUCAUGUCAGGCGGGCACUCCCAAUGUUAAACAGGGUUAUUUCGACAGAGAAGGUGGUUUUUACAACUGUUAUUCUGGAUUUGAGACAAUUGUAUUUCACUCUAAUGAAAUGCCUAUUCAGAAUGUUGACGCACAAACAUAUAGUGUCAGGUCCAGCAGGGGGACUGGUUUGUGACAAUAGAUUUGAAGGACGCUUAUAAUUUCAUAUUCAGAUCACGCGAAGCACAGGCGUUUUCUCAGAUUCACUUUUGGGGGCAAAAGGUAUAAAUUUGGCGUCCUUCCCUUCGGACUUGCUCUGGCACCACGCGCGUUCACGAAACGCAUGGACACCUUUGUCAUGGGACACCAGAUGCAUGGGCAUCUGACACCUUUGAGGCUUCAGGGCAUCUGCAUUUUGAAUGAUCUCGACGGUUGGUUGGUGUUAGUUCACUCAGAGAGUCUGGCUGUCCAACAUCAGAACCAUCUAGGGCUGCCAGUCAGCCUAGACAAGAGCAUCUUGUUGCCAAGGCAACAGACUCUUUCAAGGUGUGGAGAUGUACUCGCGAAUGAUGCAGGCGCGCCUAUCGCCCACUUGCGUACUGUCAUUACGCAAGUGUCUAGUGAUGAUUACAGUGGGACAUGUUCUUCCUGCGAGAACAUUUCACAGGCUGUUGGAGCUCAUGAUCGUGGCAUCCGCUGUCAUUCCCCUAGGCAUAUUGCAUGCGAGACCUUUUCAGUGCUGGAUGAACUCCAUCAAGUCAAGUCAUUUUUAUUUGUAUAGCGCUUUUCACAACACACAUAGUUUUAUAGCAGCUUUACAGAAAAUCAUGAAUUAACAAAAAAACAAAAAAAAAUGAAACUGUAAUAUCUAUAAUGUCUUACAGUGAGGAUUGUGUAGUUUGAUUAAAUAUGAUUGUAAAAUGUGUAUCGAAAUUAAAUUAUUAAAUAAUAUAUUUUUUUAUUAUUAUUUAGAACCCCUGUGAGCAACUCCAUAAGAUGUUGGUUAUUGGAGAAAAAUAACCUUGGGAGAAACCAGGCUCACUGUGGGGGCCAGUUCCCCUCUGGCUAAACAUAAUGAAUAUAAUGCCAUUAUUAGUUAUUUGUGUGCAGUGCAAGUCAUAGUUUUAAAUUUGUAAAUUAAGUAAGUGUUAAG